UUCUUUUAUGUAAUAUCAAUUUAUUGUGUGAGUGGUUUGUAUGAUUGUUAUCAGUUAAAUGUUUGUAGAAAAAUAGAAACAUAGCCGGGAAGUCGAAGCCAAGAGCUUACGCUACUCAAUCCAUCGUGGAGACAAUCCCGGGUCAGUUUGAAGGGGACUUACUGUUAACAACAGAACAAGCAAAACACAUCGAAACGGAGACCGGCAGAAAUGCCCCAACAUUUAUUAGAAGGAGAAGGAGAAGUUUACGUUCAGUUAAAUCCAAGAGAAAAGCAAUCCAAGACAUCACCAGCCUUUGGCCCCAAGGGGAAGUGCCUUACGUGUUCAGUAAAAGUAUAACUCCGCAGGUCCAAGAGAACGUCAAGAAAGCAAUGGAGCAUUGGGAAAAACAUACGUGCGUUCGCUUCAGUCCAUACAGCGAAAAACUGGCGGGUGUCCUUGGACAUGAUGAUUUUAUCGACUUCUUUAAAGGCAACGGGUGUUAUUCCUUCGUAGGACGGGUGCGAAAUGGUAAACAAGAAAUUUCAGUGGGGACAUACUGUGAUGAUUUGGGUACGAUGGCCCACGAACUAGGGCACGCGCUGGGGUUCUACCACGAGCAGUCACGCCCUGAUAGGGACUUUUACGUCGAAGUUAAGGCAGAGAACAUAAAGCCAGGCAAAGAAGGAAACUUUGAGAUGUACAGCCGAUCAAAAGUUUCAGAUGAAAAUAUCCCGUAUGACUUGGGCUCAAUUAUGCACUACGGCGACACCGAAUUCGCGACUAACAAAAGUAUCAUUGAAGGCAAAGCCACGUUGGUGACCAAGGACAAGGAGAUGCAAAAUGUCAUAGGACAGAGACUAGGGCUUAGUUUCUAUGACAUUAAAACGGCUAACGAAUUGUACAAAUGUAACGAGCACUGUGAGUCUCACAUUCAGUGUGAGAACGGUGGGUUUAUUGGUCCUGAUUGUAACUGUAAGUGUCCAGAAGGACUGGGAGGACCUUAUUGUACAGAUGUGGCUAAACCCAGUGGCAUGUGUGGAGGGGUGUAUGAGACAUGCCAAGGGACGAUUCAGACACCCAACUGGCCUGAUAACUAUUUGAACGAAACUACCUGUUAUUGGUUUAUCAAAGCUCCACGUGGCUCUAGUAUUGAGGUGACCUUCAGCCAUUUCAACCUUGAAGACGAUAUCCUGCACGGACGCCAAAAGUGUGGAUAUGACUGGGUCGAAAUUAGGAAAUUUGGACCGGAGAAAGUGGGACCAAGGUACUGUGGCAAUCAACUGCACGAAACAACUGCCACCUACAAUGUCAGCAGUCUGCUGAUAAAGUUCUCGUCAGAUGAUUCCUAUACUUACAAGGGGUUUCAAGCCACAUAUAGAGUUAUACAGAAGAGAACAGGGAGUUGGGGUCCUUACAGCGCCUGGAGUCAGUGCCCUGUCAGUUGUGGCGGAGGAAUACAAGUACGCAUGCGCUCUUGCCUCCCAAGCGGAACCAUCUGCUCUGGCAAAGAUUUGGAUUUCAGGAAAUGCAAUGAACACCCUUGUCAUGAAGAAAUUUAGGAAUGAAAUGAUAGAAUUCUGUAAAUCUAGAAAACUAAAGCCCAAAGACAAUAAAAAAACAAACAGUCAGGGUGCAGUAUGCACGGGAUCCCCAGUGAUCUCAAACGGAACCACUAUUGUGAAAAUGGAACUUUUUAUCAAUUCAGUUAUACAGUAGGCCUACUUAAAAUAGAUAAGUAAUAUCUAAAACAUGAUGACUGUAUAAAGUGAGUGUUGAGACGUGUUGAAACGUUAAGCAUUGACAAUUUAAUUAAAGCAGUUUUGCAAAUGAAAACGGUAGGCCUACACAUUUUCACUUGCCUGUAAGAUAUGGGCCUUCUUGUUGGAUCAGAUUAUUUUGACGAUAAAUCGAUUUCAACCACCCCAGGUUUCACUUACUUCUCAGUCAGCAUAAAAAUAAUGUGAAAAAAAAAGAAUCAUUCAUAAAUAUUGUAAUUAA